AUGGCCAUCGAUCAGAAGCUGGAGGAGCUGAUGGGACUGUUGGGUGACUUUGGCCGGUACCAAGCGUUCCAGUUCGUUCUGCAUCUGUUGGCCGCAGUAACAGCCGGCCUGCAUAUGCUCUCUCUAGUGACGGUGGCCGCCGUCCCUGAGCAUCGUUGUUUCGUGGAGGCAUUGGACUCGGCGAACGCAACGGCAAAUGGCACGAUCAUACCGACCUUUGCCCAAUUGCUGGAGUACAUCCCUAAGAACGCAGAUGGUGAACUGGAUUCCUGCUUGAUGUACGACCCACUGCAGUCUGACAACCACUCGACGAUCGCUUGCAGUUCGUAUGUUUACAACAACACUUACUACCAGUCAUCGAGGGCGAUCGAGUGGAACCUGGUGUGCGACAAACGCUGGAUGGGUGCGCUCGGCCAGACGAUCUACAUGCUGGGCGUGUUCACUGGUGCCGUCUGGUUGGGAGGAUUGGCCGAUAAGGUUGGCCGCAAGAAGGUGUUCUGUUGGUCCGCACUGAUGCAGUUAGUUCUCGGGGUAGCCGUUGCCUUCACCCCGGAGUACUUUUCGUUCCUGGCGCUGCGCUAUUUGUACGGUAUCUUCGGUAGCGCUGGUAGCUACAUCACGGGUUUCGUGCUUACGAUGGAACUGGUGGGACCGAGCAAGCGAACACCCUGUGGCAUUUCCUUCCAGGGUGCGUUCGCAGGCGGCAUCAUGCUCGUGGCCGCCUGGGGGGCACUCAUUCCCAACCGAAUGAUCCUGCAGGUGGUGUAUGGUCUGCACGGUCUGUUGCUGGUGGCACACUGGUGGAUUAUGGACGAGUCGCCACGUUGGCUGUGGAUGCAGGGACGCAAACGUGAGGCAGUCAAUAUCGUCGAUCGGGCAGUGCGAAUGAAUGGUCGAGGUUUGAACGUCGAUAAGGAAUACUACCUGGCUGACGCCAAAACAGUUAAUGUGGAGGAAUCGAGCUCGAACUCGGCCGGCCUGGCAGACCUCUUCAAGACACCUAACCUUCGCAAGAUGACCCUGAAUGUGUGCCUCUGCUGGUUCGCCAACUCCAUCACUUACUACGGACUUUCGUUGAGUGCCGGCAAGCUAAGUGGCAACCCGUUCCUGAUCCUGUUCCUCAUGGGCCUGGUGGAGUUCCCGAGCUACAUCUCGAUCAGCUAUCUGCUCGACCGGCUCGGCCGUCGAUCGAUAACAAGCUCUCUGAUGAUUGUCGGUGGUAUCUGUUGCAUCGUGGCCGCCUAUCUCACUCGCGGCAGCACCGAGUCGACCUCAAUCGUUAUGUUCGGCAAGCUGUUCAUUGCCGGUUCGUUUGCUGUAAUCUACAAUUAUUCGGCCGAACUGUUCCCGACAGUCGUACGUAACUCGGCCAUGGGUCUUGGGUCUAUGUGCGCUCGUUUGGCCGGUGCCAUGACACCCAUGAUCACCCUCCUCGACUCGUUCGAUCCGAAGAUACCGGCCGUGAUUUUCGGUGUGAUUUCGCUGAUAUCCGGCACCUGGGUAUUGUUCCUGCCGGAAACGAUGGGCAAAGCGAUGCCACAGAGCUUACUGGACGGUGAAAACUUUGGCCGGGGUGAUACGGCUUUUUCGAGCUGUAUGGGUCGCAACAAGACACACACGGAAGAUUUCCCUCCACCGCAGCAGAUGGUUCCACUGAGAAAGGGCGAUAGCAGUCGGUAGGUCGGACGGUUCGUUUGGCAUCGGUGUUAAAGUUAAUUGCAGUUUGACUAGUUUCUUAAGCAAAAAAUAAAACAGAUGUAGUUCUACGGUGACCUUUGCCGGAGGUUCUCAA